GUGCUCCAGACUAAAAAAAUGACCUAGGAGCCAUUGGCUCCUAAACGGAAAAAUUCUAGGAGCCAAAUUACACGCGCUUUGAGUUCAAUGCUUGGUCCGAACUCGUGUGAAAUGGACCGAAAAUUGAAUAUAUAGUGAAGGGAAGGUAACAUAUUGAUUGUUUCCUUAUGUGUCCUCCCGCACUGUGUCUCUUUGUCUGUGUAUACAAUACCUCCUUCCUCUAUUGUCAUUGGUUCAGCCAUUUUGUGUUCCCUUCGGUGCUUUUAUACUUUAUGGUCCCUGCUUCACAGCAGCCUGCUGUAUGUUCUUCGUUGAGCGCCUGUCUCCUGUGAGCCUGCCUCCGCGUUGUCUACACUGAAGGUAGAAAUCUUUGGAGCAGUGUGGUCUCCGCAAGAAGGAGACAAGGAAGUGUGCCUUUUAAGGGAGGAAGCCAUAAUAUCAGCUCCUGGUAAUGUAUCAGUUACAGUAUGCAGUCAGUUAGACUAUUCAACUUACUAUGUGGAUGCCGAAGUGUUUAGGAAGGCAGAGUUUAGGACUUGUGUAAAGCGGCGUGACUAGUGUGUAUUUUAUUUUUUAUUUUUAACGCAGCCAAGUUCAAUAAAGCAGCAUGUUUAACUAAUCAAUAUUUUUGCCUGACUCUAUGCUUGAAUUAAAAAAUCAUUAAUGUUGUAUGUUAUUUUAUUUUUAGUUGUAGGUUCAAAACCAGAAAUUAGGAUUUUAUUAAAGGUAACUAUGAUUUUAAUAGUGCACCCUGAUUAUCUCUUGAAGAUUGUGGCUGAUGAAGAUGGAUAUGCGUUCAAUGUUUUCAUGCAAUUACGCCUGAGGUAAGCUUGAUGAUUUCAAACGAAUCGUUAAUUCAGUUUGUAUGCCAGCAAACAUAUUAUUUGUUUAUCUUUAUAUUUUUUUUUGAAAUCUUGAUUCUAAGAGGAUUUGUACCUCUUACACCUGCUGACCUGUUUCAUGUUUGUUUGGCUGCAGAAGGUAUCUGUGUUGGUCCCAUGUUCUACCGUGCCUGCAUAGCACUGAGAAAUGAAAUGGAAUCUGUCAGCUUCAAAACAUUAACAAAACUCGAGUAAGCAGUGUCUGAGUGACGGUUGAGUCCGGUUAUUUAAUAUUUUUCUUCAUUUUCACUUGAAUUCCAACACUGUGCUCCCACAAACCCCCAGUAAAAUCCAUUGAGAAUGCUCCUCUUUGAGUCGCCUAUAUUAUGUGCAUAAUCUCGAGUCCUCUUAAUGCAUUUUACUCCUGGUUUGUCAAAGAACAAUGACGGAAUUCUAGUGAGUAUGAAGUUAAAAGUUACAUAAACGGACUAGCCAAAAAUUAUAUUAUACAACGCUUGUGCUACUUUCGUGCUAGUGUUUUAGUUUUCCGGUAUUGAGUUUCGAAAUCGGGUCUCAAUACCGGUAAUAAAAAAUAUGCUUCAGUUUGAGUGUAUGCUUCAGUGUCAAUGGGUAUAAAACUGAACUGACCAGAACACUCCAAAAUGCAUUCCGUUCCAUUCCCAGACCGGAGAACAAACCGCAACAUGUUGUAGUUUGCUUUCCGUCCUGGGAUGUGGAGCAGUAAAAAUCCUAGUGUGAAAGUAGCCUUACUCUAGUUUAGAGCUGUUUUUUGCAGUAAACCUAUUCACAUAUGCAAAUGACACCCCGGGGAGACAGGAUAUUGCUUUAAAAAAUAUUAUAAUAAUAACUGCACUUUUACUGCAAUUGUCGUUCCCUCUCCACUUUUCUUGAAAGGGGCUAUUAGUGCAAACCUUAUAAUAAUUGGUUAUGUAAAUAAAAUCAUAGAGAUAAAAUCAUAGAGAUAAAAUUAGUUGCUGACAGAUCAGAGCUAAUCAGAGCUUCUAGGUCUAACACCAACACCCCCCUGCAUCUAGAGGAUCAAUUUUUACAUAUUUUAACAUAAGUAUUUCUUUCGGCAAUGAUGGCAGAUUUGACCGCAUGCCUUCAACAGCACGAAGCACCAAAAACUGCUCCACUAGUCAUAGUUACAAAUCUUCUUUAUAAUGUUAUUUUGAUUUGUUCCAUAAUUAAUUUGUAUUCUCUUUGUUCUUUACAGAAAAAUUAAGAUUUAUAAAAUGCCUUUGUGCGUCAUCUCCAAUUGCCUUAGUAAAACAGGGCGAAAGGGCCAGGAUCCAAACAUAAUUUUGUACCCCUUUCUUAAAAAAAUAGAUAAUAUAAAAGAAUGGCUUUUACAAACUGGAACUGAUUUUGACAAUGUGAAUGUCUUGGCCAUGAAAAUACUUGAAGAAAACAAAACUAAUAAAUACAGAAUGUGUUCUCUAAACUUCAAAACAGAAUGCUACAAGAUUACUCAAAGUGGGAAAUUUUUGUUACCGGAUGCCAAACCGACAGUUUUUGAUUUGCCAGAAGAUGGGGAUAGUUUGAUUUUGGAUACCUUAAAGAAAAAGAAGAGUAAAAGGAAGAGACCUUUGGAAUCAACUUCAGUGGAAACUCAAAAAAUUAUAUUAAUAAGCCUGGAUCAUACUUAUUCGGUUUUAGAAACCUUGGAUUCCGGAAACCAGUGUUCGAUUGCAACUCAGACCGAUUUCACCUUGCUAAACUCUACAAUCAUUUUUAGACCGGAUACCGAACAACUUGUUGAUGUGUGUGUGUGUGUGUGUGUGUGUGUAGACUGCCCCAAAUCGGAUUCAAUUGGAUUCAACAAUCAAAUUAGCAAUUGUAUGCCCGCCAACAUCUAUACCAGCACUCCAAUCAAACCUACCAACGAAUUUUCAUCUCCACAAAAGAAACGUGCCAAUUUGCAAAUUUUACAGGUAAGAGAAGAAACAGAAUGGGAUGACAAUAUUAUGGAUGACAUCAUAACUCUUUCACUGAUUGAAGAACAGUACAAAGAAACAGUGGACUUUACUACAGAGUCUAUCCUGGCGAAUGAAGAACAAAAUCACGACAGCGAUCUGGAUUACAUUCCACCGGAUACAUGUGAAGAUUCUGAAAUGGUCGGAUUUGCUUCAAUAAUUUAUGGUGAAAAAGACCUCGUCGUUCAAGAGUAUCAGAGUCCAUCGGAAGAAGACCAAGUUAAUGAGAAGAAGUUGAUCAUAUUUGAGUCCUGUCUAGACCAUUUACUAUACAUGGUAAAAUGUCAGUAUUCUACAGAAUGCAAUUACACGGUAAAGUCCUUUUCAAAAAUAUACACUGGAUCCUCUUGUUGGAUAACAGGUAAGUGUUAUCAAGGUCAUAAAUUCUUUAUAAUGGAGACACAACCUAAGGUAGGCAGCUUUUACUCUGGAAACUUAUUAUUGGCAGCAUCUAUUCUUUUCAGUGGUCAGAAUUUUCAAAAGGUUAAUGAAUUAUUUAGCAUUCUUGGCCUUGUAACAUUUUCUGAAAAAACUUUUUAUUGUUAUCAAAGCAAUUUUUUAUUCCCUGUAAUAGAUCUCGCCUGGCAGGAGGAAAAAAGUAAAACACGUGUUCAGCUACAGAGGGAGCCACUUUGUAUUGCAGGUGAUGGGCAAUGUGACAGUCCAGGUCACAGUGCCAAAUACUGCAUCUAUACGAUGAUCGAUACUUUGACAGAGAAAGUCAUAGACUUUGAAAUUGUACAACGCUCCCAAUGCUCAUUGUCUGUUGCUAUGGAAAAGUUUGCUUUUGAAAUUGUAACGGAUAGUAUGAUUUCAAAUGGUUUUAAUAUAGUCAUUUUUGCAUCGGAUCGGCAUGUUGGAAUUAGAAAAAAAAAUAUGCACCGAUUAUUCUAACAUUAAACAUCAAUUUGAUGUGUGGCAUUAUGCCAAGUCAAUUAAAAAGAAAUUGACAAAAUCAAGUCGCAACAAGUUUGGAAAGGAAAUUAUACCAUGGAUUGAUAAAAUAGAUAGACAUUUUUGGUGGAGCAUCCAAACUUGCAAUGAUGAAGUUCAUAACCUAAAAGAACGAUGGCUUUCUGUGUUGAAGCAUAUCUGUAAUGAGCACACGUGGGAAGGUGAUUUUUAUACCCAAUGUGGGCAUGAUCCUAUUUGCCAGGAAAAUGAGGAGGAAAAGGUAUUCUGGCUCAACAAAGAAACAGCCCCCUUCUUGACCAUACAAAAAAUUGUAAUCCACAGCUAAUUUCAGAUCUUUCUCACUUAGAAAACAAUUGCCAUACUGGUUCUAUUGAAAAUGUUCACAGUAUGGCUUUGAAAUACCGUACUAAAAUAAUUCAUUUUGGAAUAGAUGCAAUGGAGGCAAGGACCAAGCUUGCUAUCCUUUCCCACAAUCAUAAUGUGGGAAGACAGUUGGCCACAGUGAAAUGUCCGAAAAAAAACACUGAACCCAAAGGAACAUUUCGAACAAAAUUGGUAGUCCCCAAAGGUAAAAAUCGGUGGAUAGUUAAAAACAUUUAUGAAAAAGUAAAUGUCCAAUAUCUAGAAAAGGUGGCUGUAUCAGUGUUGAAAAUUGCCUAGGGAGAAUUAUCGCAUAAUUGGUCUUCCAGAACUCCUUCAUUACCACCAAACAUUUCCAAUUUGGAAAGACCCAAUAAAGAAGAGAUUAAAAAGCAACAACACACAAGAUACCGGUCAAUCGCACGUUAUCAAAAUUAAUUGGCCUGCCAUUGGCUGUUCCUCUUGACAUCGAAAGUUUUCAUCAGCGCACAGGUAGAAGUGGCGGUGCGGGGAACAGGAGUGGCGCGGGUAGCCAAAUAAGUACAUUCAUUGUGAGGGGCACAGUGUGUGGGAGUAAGGCAUUUCAUUGUCUUGGAUAACCCCUUUAAGUUUUAUAGGUUUUGAGGUUUAUAUUUAUACUGUUAUUUAAAAAAAUUCUUCACAUUUUAUGCAUAUAUGAAAAAUCUUUAAUCUAAAAAAAAAUGAUAUUUUAUUUUUUAAAUAGAUUCAAUUCGUCAUCCCCUACAAUUUUAUUAUUAGGUUUUCUGGAAGAGUUUGUUGGAGGUAAUUAUUUGAAAAAAUUGCCACAAAUAAAAUAUAAACAUUUAUGAAAAUAAAAAUACAAUUGGAAAAAUAAUAUAUUUAAAUCAUUCAUUAAAUAUAAAUGACUAAAUCAACUAUUUAUAAUCCUUUUGCCAGGUUUCCAUUUAUAUUAGAUUUUUUUUUUUUUUUUUAAAUUAGUUAAAAAAUAUAGGUAGAAUUGUAUAUCCCUAAAAAAUAACAUUUUUAGACCCUGGCACUGAGUCAUACAAUGAAAAAAUGUUUUAUAGGAGGUCGAUUACAAAUAAAUUAUAUAUUAGACCGUGUAGCUGAACAAAAUUAAAAUUAGACCGCAGAUUAAAGCCCUAUGAAAACACCAACACAGAAUUAAUUAUCUGAUCACGACACAAUAAUAACUCAAUAAGACCUUAGUCCACAAUAAAAGCUCUGAUCGUAGUCUUCAACGCGUCCGUGGCCUCCGUAACUAAUGUACGCUUAAAUAAUAAGGCAACUACUCAUUAGUAUUCACAAAAUAAUUUUUAGUGUUAAUUUUUACCCAAUUUUUGGUAAAAAUAAAAUUGUAAGUGCACUAAGAUCCCUGGGCGACACUCUACGUAGCCUUCUACUUAGUUCUUAUUUUUUUGGACCCAUGAAAGAUCCUCUUUAAAAAAUAAAUACCGAUUUUAAAUCUAUUAUAUUCCAAAUCAAAUUCUCUAUGAAAAUAUUUAAUUAGUAUUAAUGUUUGUGACCAACUCCUUUAAUUAGCAGAUUUACCCUAUUUACCAGUUUUAGUAAAUUAACCACUUCAGCCCCGCUAGGUGAAACCCCCUUCAUGACCAGAGCACUUUUUACACUUCGGCACUACACUC